UCUAAUACGAGUGCUGUCUUGCCAUGACGGAAGCGAUUGUUUCUGCAGUCUUUGAACGGCUAACCUCCAUCAGCCUUCAAGUUGCUGAAAACGGGGUGAGACUCGUUGUUGGUGUAAACGAAGAAGUCAAGAAGAUCGGCACCACUCUUUGCACCAUCCGAGCUGUCCUUGAGGACGCCGAGAAAAGACAAGUGAAGGAGCAAGCAGUUAAGUUUUGGCUUGAUAGGCUUCAAAACGUAGCUUAUGAUAUUGAAGACCUGUUGGACGAAUGGAGCACCGCGGUUAUCAGAUCGAAAAUCGAGGAACCUCAAAGCUCUUUUCGGUUAAGUUCGCUUCAGCCCUUCGCCAAUUCUAUUCCACGACUUGUUGGGCGUCGUGGUAUUGCCACCAAGAUUAAAGAGCUAAGUGAAAGUCUUCAAGUCAUUGCAAAAGAGAAAGAUGAUUUUGCUUUCAUUGUAAAUCUAAGUCGGAAUGAUGAUAUAGAGCCUGAAAGACCUAAAACCACAUGUUUUGUUGAUGCAUCUGAAAUACGUGGUCGAGACCAAGAUAAAAACACCAUUAUUAGCAUGUUGCUAAGCGAAAAUGGUCAAGAAAGGGGAAUCCCUAUAAUCUCCAUUUUGGGGAUGGGAGGGAUAGGGAAAACAACUUUAGCCCAAAUAGUUUACAACGAUAGAGAGGUGAACGCCUAUUUUCAGAAGAAACUAUGGGUGUGUGUUUCAGAUCCCUUUGAUGAGAUGAGGAUUGCAAAAGCAAUUCUUGAAGCUCUAACGGGUAUUCCGUCGGGUUUGGGUGAGUUGAACACUGUACUAGUGAAAAUCCAUGAAUCUAUUGAGGGGAAAAAGUUCCUACUUGUUCUUGAUGAUGUCUGGACAGAAGAUGAGAGGAAGUGGCAGUCAUUGAAAUGCUGUCUUAAAAGUGGUGCCUCCCCAGGAAGCAAAAUCUUGGUCACCACACGCAAGGAGAAUGUUGCUACUGUAAUGGGUUGUACCAGAUUAUUCCAUUUGGGGAAGUUGUCUGAAGAAGAGUGUUGGUCCUUAUUCAGUCAGGUAGCAUUUUCUGGAUGGAAUCACGGAGCGCGUCAGAUUUUGGCAGACAUCGGUAAGAAAAUUGCAGAUAAGUGCAACGGUUUGCCUCUUGCAGCAAAAACACUCGGAGGUCUCUUACGUUUAAAAAAAUCUAGAGAACAAUGGCAAAGAAUCUUGGAUAGUAAUAUGUGGGAGCUUGAUGAGGCUGAAACCGGUCUUUUUUCUCCCUUAUUACUAAGCUAUUAUGAUUUGCCUGCGCCAUUAAGGCAAUGCUUCUCUUAUUGUGCCAUUUUCCCUAAAGGUUGCAAGAUAGAGAAGGAUUUAUUGAUCAGGUUGUGGAUGGCUCAAGGUUUUCUUGGAGACGGAAAUGGGAUGGAGAUUGUUGGUGAAGAGUACUUCGAUAACUUAGCAAUGCGUUCUUUCUUUCAAGAGUUUGAGACGGAUGAAAAUGAUGAUGGUAUAAUCAGAUGCAAAAUGCAUGAUAUAGUGCAUGACUUUGCUCAACUUUUGAGAAAAAGAGAAUGCUAUGUAGUAGCCAGCAAUGGUAUUGAAGAGCAAAGAGCUGAAUGGUAUCAUGAAAAUGCUCGUCAUUUAAGAGUAAUCCUUGAUAAUGAACAGGCUGUGAUUCCAAGUCUCCUUUAUAAUGCUAAAAAGCUUCGUAGCCUCCUAGUUGACUCAUGUCCUUCUAACUCAUCCACUUUAAAUGUAUCUUUGCCGAGAUUAUUCGAUGAACUAACUUGCCUGAGGAUGUUAGAUUUGAGCAACAAAUUUCGAAGGCAAACUUCAAUUACAGAACUUCCAUGCCAAAUAGGGAAACUGAUACACCUGAGAUAUCUCAGUUUGGAGGGAAAUAAAGGAUUAAAGUAAUUGCCUACGACACUGUCGGACUUAUGUAACUUGCAAACUCUGAACAUCAGGUUGUGCUCAAGUAUUCAAGGAUUCAAAGUGCCAAUCAACUUGAGACAUCUUCAAAAUGCAGAAACAUAUGGAUGCACAUCCAUGACAUUUGGACUGAAAAGAUCAACUCUUCUACAGACAUUAGAGGAGUUUGUAGUUGGCAACCUUUUUGGUGGGGAUUUGAGAAAGAUAUUUAUAGGGCGUGAAGUGGGUAGGUCCAACCUUGGUUAUUUGGGAAACUUUGCUCAUCUUCGAGGAAAUCUCAAGAUAAUAGGACUGGGAGAUGUGAGCAGACGAAGUGAAGCAGAGGAAGCUGGACUGUGGAAGAAGACUGGCCUUCGUAAUUUGACUUUAUCCUUUAAUUUCAAGUACAAAGGUAAUAGAGUUCUGGAAGGAGCAUAUGCUCAUGAAUCAUCUGUUCUCGAAGCCUUACAACCACCUCCGUAUCUGGAAUCUUUGAACAUAAAUCGCAUGAAUGGUCCAACCGCUUUCCCUAGUUGGAUGGUGUCACUGACCAUGCUGAAGAGAGUUAGACUAUGGGCCUGUUUUAAUUGGAAAACCUUGCCUCCCAUGUGGAAGUUGCCAGUCCUUGAACAUCUAGAGAUAUGGGAAAUGAAGAAUGUGAAAGAAGUGGGCCAAGAAUUUAUGGGAGCAGAAACAGAAAAGGGGCAAGCAUCAUCAUCAUCAUCAUCAUCAGUUAAUAACAAUAUUGCCUUCCCCUGUUUGAAACAUCUUAAAUUUCAAUCUAUGGACGGUUGGCAAGAGUGGUAUUACGGACACCUACUCACUACUAUGCCACUUCUUUGUUCUUUGAAAAUCAAUAGUUGCCUCAAGUUAAAGUCUUUGCCACGCCAUCUUCCUCAGAAGACAACUCUGCAAGUAUUAGAUAUCUUCAAUUGCCCGAUCCUGACGGAGCGUUAUUUGAGAAAUGGGACAGGGGAGGACUGGCACUACAUUUCUCAUAUCCCUACCAUCACAAUUGAUGGCGAAGACGUGAAAAGAGAUGGGAAUUGAUCAAACUCUUCUUGGCUUCAAAGCAUUGGUUAGUUACGGAGCCAUUUACCUGGAUGCUACCAAUCUGCCAAAACCUGAUCUUUACAAAAUUUUGCAGCAUUAAAUCAGGUAGCCAAGCAACUUCAUAUUGGCUUUUCCUUUGUAAUCUUCACCCAGCUAUUAUGCAUCUCAUCUGAAAACAUUGAGCUCUUAAUAAUAUUAAUCUGUUUAUUUUGUGAACACCUCUUGAUUCUUAUAGCUAUCCCUGGUGGUGAUGCACAGGUAACUAGACUAGAUAAACAAUCCAUUUUACUUCCUGUAACAUUCCCAUGCACAUUUCCAAGGAAAUGUGCUAAUUUCCUCAACAGAAAAUCACAUGGCAGUCUGGCGUCUAGAGGUGGAAUAUAAUGCUUGAUUUCCUCAGAACCCUCAUUUAUUUCUCCGGCGUUGCAUGAAAAUCCAACCCUUUCAACAGUUUUAUGCUUCAGUCAAAUAAUAUGUUCCGAGUCGAACUCAAAAACCAUGGCACCAACUUCCAUAAGUUGUUACAGAAAGUCAGCAAUAGUAUAUGUUUACAUCACAUUGAAUAUAUUGUUAUUGAAUGAGUCCUAUGUUUUUGCUUUGGAAA